AUGGGGUGGUUUCUAUUGCCAUAUUUUAUGUUCCAUUUGUUGAUUCUUUAUUUUCCUUCUUACACUUACUCGUUGUGCAACCAUCAUGACAACUUUGCCUUGCUCCAAAUUAAAAACUCAUUUGCUGUGGACCUUUCACUUGAGCAGUGGUUUCCUUGUGCCUCAUUUUCUUCCAAAACAGAAUCAUGGAAAAACGACACUGAUUGUUGUGAGUGGAAUGGAGUCACAUGCGACCCCAUGUCAGGGCACGUGAUUGGUCUCGACCUUAGCUGCGGCAAUCUGCAUGGUAAAGUUCAUCCUAAUAGCACUCUCUUCCAGCUUACACACCUCCAAAAACUCAACCUUGCUUUUAAUGAAUUUUAUGGACCUUUGAGACAUUCUGCAUUUGGUGAUCUUGUAAAUCUCACACAUCUAAAUUUAUCACAAUCUUACAUCGGUGGUGUUGUUCCCUCGACAAUUUCUUACUUGUCAAAAUUAGUAUCACUUGAUCUCAGUAGGAGUUGGACAAUGAUGAGAUUUGAUCCAUCCACAUGGGACAAACUCAUUCUUAAUGCAACUAAUUUAAGGGAGCUGGUUUUAGACACAGUGGACUUGUCCUCAAUUGGAGAGAGGUCUUUGUCAUUGCUAACGAAUUUGUCAUCCUCUUUGGUCACUCUCAGUCUUGAAUUCACUGAAUUGCAAGGGAAUUUUCGUAGUGACAUCCUCAGUUUCCCCAACCUUAAGGAACUAAGACUGUCAUCUAAUGAAAACCUCACAGGUGAACUUCCAAAGUCCAACUGGACAACGCCUCUAAGGCACUUGGAUCUCUCUGGCACAGCUUUCUCAGGAAAAUUUCCUGAUUGCAUAGGCCAUUUGAACUCUCUUUACCAUCUAAGUCUUGAAGGGUGCAAAUUUGAUGGAUCGAUUCCUCUAUCUUUCUGGAACCUCACUCAACUAACAUUUUUGGACCUCGCAAACAACAACCUUAAUGGUGAGAUCCCAUCUUUACUUUCAAACCUUAAACAUCUCACCACCUUUUAUCUUUCAUCCAAUUAUGUUAGUGGUCCAAUCCCGGAUGUAUUUAGCAAGUUUGAAAAAUUAGAACUUUUGGCUCUUUUUGAUAACAAAUUAAGUGGCCUAAUUCCAUCAUCAUUGUUUCAUCUACCUCAACUUUCUGUUUUAGAUUUAUCAGGUAAUGAGAUAGUAGGCCCGAUUCCAAGUAAAAUUACUAAUCCUUCAAAACUAAGAGAUCUACGUUUGUCUUCUAACAUGUUGAGUGGAACAAUCCCUCAAUGGUGUUAUUCGUUGCCUUCAUUGUCAAACUUGUUCCUUCAGCACAACCAACUCACAGGGUCAAUCAGUGAAUUUUCAUCUUAUUCUUUGGAAUAUUUGUAUCUCUUUAAUAACAAACUGCAAGGAAAUUUUCCAAAUUCAAUAUUUGAUCUCAAAAAUCUAUCCUACUUACGUUUGUCAUCAAAUAACUUGAGUGGUCAGGUGGACUUCCACCAAUUUUCAAAGCUUAAAAAUCUAAACUAUCUCGAUCUUUCAAGAAACACUUUUCUCAAUAUCACCAUCGAUAACAGUGUUGACUACACCAUACCCAAACUUGAAGGAUUAUAUGAUUUAUAUCUAUCUUCCUGCAAUAUUAAUAGUUUUCCUAAAUUCCUAGCACGACUUCCAAAUCUGCAAACAAUAGAUCUUUCUCAUAACAAAAUUCAUGGAAAUAUUCCCAAAUGGUUUCACGAGAAGCUCUUACAUUUUUGGAAGAACAUACUACACAUUGAUCUCAGUUUCAACCAUAUGCAAGGAGAUCUUCCAGUUCCACCAUACGGCAUUGACAUCUUUCUAGCCUCAAAUAACAACUUCACUGGAGACAUUUCCUCAACAAUGUGCAAUGCCAGUACCCUCUAUGUACUCAACUUGGCUCACAACAGCUUAACAGGGAAGAUUCCACAAUGCCUGGGAACAUUUCCUUCUCUUUCGGUGUUAGAUUUGCAAAUGAACAACCUUUACGGAAACAUACCUCAGAACUUUUCUGAGGGAAAUGGAUUGGAGACUAUAAAGUUGAAUGGCAACAGAUUGGAGGGAUCACUGCCACUGUCUUUAGCUCACUGCACAAGACUUGAAGUUUUGGACCUUGCAGACAAUAACAUAGAGGAUAAAUUUCCCAGGUGGCUAGAAAGUCUACAAGAGUUACAGGUACUAAGUUUACGAUCAAAUAAACUUCAUGGUGUCAUUACUUGUGGCAGCACAAAGCAUCCAUUUCCUAAGUUGAGAAUUUUUGACGUCUCCGGUAACAAAUUUAGUGGCCCCUUUCCAGUGUCAUACAUCAAGAACUUUCAAGGAAUGAUGAACGUGGAUGAUGGCCAAACUGUUUUGAAAUAUAUGCGUAACAGCAGUUUAUAUACUGAUUCUGUUGUGGUCAUAAUGAAAGGUCAAUAUAUGGAGCUUGUGAGGAUAUUAACUACUUUCACAACUAUUGAUUUAUCAAAUAACAUGUUUGCAGGAGAAAUUCCUAAUGUCAUUGGCGAACUGCAUUCUCUCAAAGGGCUUAACCUUUCACACAAUGCAAUCACUGGUUCCAUUCCACAAUCCUUGGGUAAAUUAAGAAAUUUGGAAUGGAUGGACCUCUCAUGGAACCGGUUAGCAGGAGAGAUUCCGGUGGCUUUAACAAAUUUGAAUUUUCUCUCAUUCUUGAACCUUUCACAAAACCAGUUUGAGGGAAUCAUACCUACAGGUAGACAGUUUGAUACGUUUGGAAAUGAUUCCUAUGAAGGAAAUCAAAUGCUGUGUGGAAUUCCUUUGUCAAGAUCCUGCAAUAAGGACGAAAAUUUGCCACCAAGUUCAACUUCUCACCAUGAAGAAUCAGGAUUUGGCUGGAAAGCUGUGGCAGUUGGAUAUGCAUUUGGGGUGGUACUUGGAAUUCUCUUGGGAUGUAAUGUAUUCUUGACUGGGAAACCACAAUGCCUUGCGAGAUUUGCUGAAGGUGUGACUAAUCGAAGAGUGCAAAGGAAAAACAACAACAGAGCCCGUGCAAAUCGUAGAGGAAUAAGUUAG